UCCUCCUCUGACAAAGACCGUGUGAUCCCUGGAAGUACAUAGGUCUCACAAACCCUUGAUUUGGGCAAGUAGAGCAUAUCCAGGAAUUGCUCAAACAUGGCUGUUGCGGGCUGCACGAAAUGCAUAAAAUAUAUGUUAUUUUUCUUUAAUUUCAUUUUUUGGCUGGCCGGAGGAGUGAUCCUGGGAAUGGCCCUGUGGUUACGCCAUGAUAGUCAAACCAGCAAACUCCUCAUUCUUCAGUUUGAUGGCCAGCAGGCACCAAGCACUUUUUACAUCAGUGUGUAUAUCCUGAUAGCGGUUGGAGCUGUGAUGAUGCUCGUGGGCUUCCUAGGAUGUUAUGGUGCCAUUCAAGAAUCUCAGUGUCUGUUGGGAACUUUCUUUUUCUUUUUGGUGAUCCUCUUUGCAUGUGAAGUGGCUGCAGCUCUCUGGGGUUUCAUGAACAAGGACACCAUUUCCAAAGAACUCAUCAAUUUUUACGACGCUGCUUACAUCAAGGCUGUGGAUGUGUCAGACCCCACCAGUAAAGACUCAGCCACCAAAGUUCUGGAUGUUUUCCACACUGCACUUGACUGCUGUGGAAAAGGAAAUGACACAGCUCUCUUCAAACAUGUUGCUGCAUCUUUGUGUCCAGGAAAAACUCUACAGAAUCCUUCACAGAGCUGUCACACAAAGCUGACAUGGCUGUUCUCAGAGAAGCUCUACCUCAUCGGACUGGCUGCCUUGGCGGUUGCCGUCAUCAUGGUCUUUGAGAUGAUCUUCACCAUGGUACUCUGCUGUGGCAUCCGAAACAGCCCUGGAGUCUAUUAAAAGUCUAUCAAGCAGCAGCAAACUCCAACAUCUGUUUUUUUUUGAGUCUCCAGUCUCUGCUGUGCGCUGUGGGGUUUAUAUGUAUCAUUUUAUUUUAGAUCAAGUCAUUUUUUUUAAUUUUAAAAACAUUGUGAAUCUGUUGCUAUUAAUCUUUACUUUCUAGCAGGCAGACAUUUAUAAUUUACAGCAUACCACAUGCCAAAGUUCCAAUUCAUGAAUGCAUGCAUUAAAAAGUGUCUUUCAGUCAUUGUUUUUGUUCAUGUGUAAAUUGUACAUACACUUAUGUUGUUAACAUUCAGGAGUGUGACAGUGUUAUUUAAGCGGCAAGGAUGCUUCUACUUCAGUAUGACUGUGUCUCUCUUGGCCCCUUAGUGUAUUAACUUCUGAUGCAUUUUUUUGAUUAAUCAGAACGUUUUUUUUAGGUUUUCUUUACUCAAAGAUCUAAUAAAAUGUGCAACUUCA